AUGCAUGGAACCAUCGUGGCAACUGGCGUACGGUACAAUGGUCAGUACUAUCUACAAUUGGCGGAGUCGUCCAUGAGAGCAGCCAGCGAACAACAUCAGAAUUGUCAGCAUCAGUGGCACCGGCGUCUGGGACACCGCGAUUGGGCAGCCAUCGAGAGAAUCAACAAGGAGCAGCUAGGCACCGGGAUGAAGAUCAUCGAUUGCGGAGUGAAACUGGUGUGCGAGUGCUGCCUUCAGGGGAAAUCUACCCGAGCCCCCUUCCCAGCUGUGACCGACCGGAAGUCGACGAAGGUGUUGGACAUCGUGCACACAGACGUAUGUGGUCCGAUGGAAAUACUAACACCGAGUGGCAACAGACGUGGAACGUGGAUUGCAGCGCGCGCUGGAACGCACCGCGAUGGCAGCAACCACGUCCAUGUGGGAGCGUCGAGAUGGAACGUCCUGCAGUUCAAUGCCAACCUCUGCGAGAACGCCCAGGACCUGGCGUUGCACGUGUUGACCACCGAGGGUCUCGACGUUCUGCUCCUGUCCAAGCCCUAUUACGUACCGCGCAACAACGGCAACUGGGUGACGGACGAGAGUAAGACGGUUGCCAUCGUCGUUAACGGCAACCGGCUGCCGAUACAACGUAUCAGGCACCGUCAGACCCUCGGUGUGGUUGCAGCCAUCGUGAGCUGCUAUUUGUGGCCGCAGACGGGAGUCCCGGAGUUCCGGGGAGUAAUGGAUAGAAUCGACAUGGUCGUCCGCGGGUGCAGCCGGGUUCUCCUGGCCGGAGACUUCAACGCCAUGCACCUCGACUGGGGAAGCAGCAGGACAUGCCCGAAGGUCUUAGAGCUUCUCCAGUUGGCGGACAACCUCGGGCUGGAGCUCUUGAACAAGGCAGACUGCCUUCCAACAUUCAAGGGGAACCGAGCGGACACAACUCGGUUCCCGCCCAGCCGACCGGACGUAACAUUUGCCAGCAACGUCAUCAGCCGUCUCGACCUGCGCGAAGACAGCGCCCGAGGCUGGCGUGUGACUGAUGUGGCAACGUUAAGCGACCAUCGCUACGUCCGGUACGAGGUUGGCGUGAGUCCACCACCAGCGAGGGAUCGGGUAGCACGGCGUGGACAGCGCCCGGCCCGAUCGAUGGUAGACGACUACUCCAGGAAGGAGCAACUGGCGAUGAGGACUAACCCGCUGGAACAAGAGCUCCUAACGGAACUCCAAGCUGCCAGGGAGAGCCUUCGGAAGGCUAUUCGUGUGAGUAAGAACGAGGCGUUCGACCGGUUUCUGCUGUCGAUUCGAGAAGACGAAACCGGAAACUUUUUACGGGAAGUCUUCUUCUGGUUCCAGGGGGCCCGCUCAGCCCCGGAACGUGAUCCAGCAGUGCUGCGGCGAAUUGUCGACGCCUUGUUCCCAGUUCAUCCGCCGAUCGCGUGGCCUGAUCUCGGAGUUGGCAACAUGGCGCCGCUUCGAUCGAUCGGCCUGACCCAGCUGGACCAGAUAGCAGCCAGCAUGCACCCGCGGAAGGCUCCCGGGCUUGAUGGAGUACCGAACGCCGCUCUUACGGUAGCUCUCAGGCAGCAACCGGAGCCCUUCCGCCGGGUGUUUCAGGAGUGCCUAGACAUGUCCUGCUUUCCACAGCCGUGGAAGAAGCAGCGACUGGUACUCCUGCCAAAGCCAGGCAAAUCACCGGGCAAACCGUUGUCCUUUCGCCCGAUUUGCCUGCUUGAUAACACGGGCAAGGCUUUGGAGCGGCUGCUACUGGACCGGCUCAACAAAUACAUUGAGGAUCCAGAGAGUCCGCAACUGUCCGAGCAGCAGUUCGGAUUCCAGCGAGGGCGAUCAACUCUGCAGGCUAUACAGCAAGUCAUAGACGCGGGACGAGAGGCAAAGUCCUUAGGCAGAACCAACAACCGUGACCGGCGCUGCCUCAUGGUUGUUGCCUUGGACGUCCGCAACGCGUUCAAUACGGCCAGCGGGCAGAGCAUCGCCGAGGCGCUCCAGGCGAAGGGUGUCCCAGUGCAGUUGUGCCGCAUACUGCAGGACUACUUCGCCAACAGGGAGCUCGAGUACGACACGACGGACGGGCCGGUGACACGCCUAGAAAGCGGUAUCAGCGAUGCUUCAUCGGAGCAGCUCAACGUUUUCUUGCUCUACAGCGGUAUCGGAAUCGAAAAAUCGUAA